GUUCUUUCGAGUUCUAGUUUUCAGUGUUAGGCGUCUUGUGUGGUUGGAGUUAAAGAUGUCUGGGCGUGGAAAGCAAGGCGGUAAAGCGCGCUCGAAAGCUAAGUCGCGCUCAUCCCGCGCGGGCCUGCAAUUUCCUGUGGGUCGCGUGCAUCGCCUGCUCCGCAAGGGCAACUAUUCGGAGCGCGUGGGCGCCGGCGCUCCGGUGUACCUGGCGGCGGUGCUCGAGUACCUGACGGCAGAGAUCCUGGAGCUGGCGGGCAACGCGGCCCGCGACAACAAGAAGACGCGCAUCAUCCCGCGCCACCUGCAGCUGGCCAUCCGCAACGACGAGGAGCUCAACAAGCUGCUGGGCCGCGUGACCAUCGCGCAGGGCGGCGUCCUGCCCAACAUCCAGGCCGUGCUGCUGCCCAAGAAGACCGAGAGCCACCACAAGGCCAAGGGCAAGUGAGGCUCGUGACGGGGAAAACGGCCCUUCCCGUUUCGGAGAAGUCCCUUCUGAAAUCAAAGGCUCUUUUCAGAGCCACCUACUCUUGCUUUAAAAGAGCUGUAAAAUCUGCAGUAAACCUAAGGCUCUU